ACAAAAUGAACUCCCAAAAAGCCAUCUGGUAUACGUCUUCCUUGACUUGGAUGACUCGAUAAGCUUGAACUCUGGCGUGGACAUCAGCUUGAUUCGGAGAUUACUUCAGUCAGCAUGAUUCAGAGAUGCCCCUGUAUAGAUAAAGGGGGUUCUCCUCUUGAUUCUACACUUCACUCAUUCAGAGCACUCUUCAUCAACAUUUCCGGGCAAUUCUGCGGUCUGCGUACUUCGUGCUUCUCUCCUGAACACCUUGUGAGCUGGGAUUGCAGUCUGGGCUUCUCUUCCGAACACCUGUUCAAAGCUACAGAAAAUAUCAUUCAUGUUGCGACCGCUCGGGGAUCUCCAUGGCUCCACGGCGACACAAGUAAAAGAGACACUGCAAAAAAAAAAAAAAACCAAGAAGUAGCAGAGAGGCCUCAACUUUUUAGAGUCUGCUUGCCGGCUCCUCCUUCGAACAAAGUUGUUGAAUUCUUCUUCUCUCCUUUGCAGCAGGGCUUCGCCUUUCUCUUGAUGUGUUUUCUCUGCCUUUAACUCUGGCAUUGUGCUUGCUUUUAUAGAGAGUCUUGGAGAUAAGAUUGAGUCUUGAUUUUGAGUUUGAAUAAACUUAUCUCGAGAUAGCCGGUUGUGCAUGGCAAUGAGUUUGUUACAAUCAAUUUGAGUCAAGCCCGCAUAAUCUAUAUCAAUUUGGAUAGCAUGACUUGAAUUUGAAUUCGAAUGUUUAGAUGUUACCAUAUCACCUCCUGGGCUUUACACGGAUAAUGUCUACCGUGUUUAAACUUUUGACAAUGCAUUUACUUUGACUUUUGUUU